AUGCCGGCCACCGGCCCUGGAAAGCGUCGUUAUGCCAAAGAAGACCGGGACCAAUUCGCUGCCCUCGUGCGUGAAGUCGCCGCCCCCGAUGUCAGUCGUAUGGGCAUCGAAAUUCUCAGUUUCACUAUCAAGGACCUCUACGAUAAGGUGGAGUACCUGGACUCCCUGGGCCGUGCUCAAACAGCCAAUGUCAUGCGAGAUGCCAACAUUGGAGUGGCCGAGGCCGAACGGGAUGCUGGCAUCAGG